ACUUCAGUCGGUGCACGCGUGCUGUGGCGUGGUAUCGCGAGCGUGUUCGCGACACUGACCGUUCUGCAUUCUUAAGCUUUUGCCACUAAAAACUGGUCGGAUCGGAUCGGAAAAAUCGGAUUCCAUCCUGGUUCCUGACAGUUUCUAGUUCCUGGGUGUGCAUACGAUUUGCGUUUUGCAUUCGCAUAUUGUGAGUGAGAAAAAAUAGAACAAAAACUGAGAAAGUGAUGAAACGGACAAUCUACUAAUAUCGCACAAAAUAAUAGUGGAAAGAGCAGUGCAGUUGGAUUUACCAUCCGAGAUUGUUUACACAUUUCCGGUCAAGGCACACUAGCCAAAGCCACGAUGACUACCACACGGGUGAUACUGAACUUCCCCUGGAUCAGCAACGACAAGCUGAAGGGAGACUUUUUCCAGGACACGGGCGUCACGGAUGCGGUCAUGAAGAUCGCCCGGAAGGAGCUCCGGGAAGACAAAGCGAUACGCGAGCAGUCGCUCGAGCAGCUGCAUGACUGGCUGCAGAAAAACGGCGAUGUCGCGAACGUCCGCACCGAGGAUCUGUUUCUGUUGCGGUUUUUGCGCACGAAAAAGUUUAGCGUCCCGAUGGCGCAGCAGAUGAUCCUGAAGUAUCUGAACUUCCGCAAGGUGUUUGCCCAUCUUAUCCACACGCUCGACUUUACGGCGCCCAACAUACUGAAGCUGCUGGACGGUGGCUACCUGUUCCCGUCGCCCAUCCGGGACAAACAUGGCCGCCGGGUGAUCAUUGGCUUCGCAAAUCAUUUCAAUCCCACCGAGCACAACAGCUCCGAUAUGGCCCGGUUGCACUUCAUCACAUACGAGACGCUGAUGGAGGACCCGGAGAACCAGAUCUGUGGGUUCGUGCACAUUGGGGACUUCAAGGGUAUCUCGACGUCACACAUCGCUUGCUGGAACCCGACCGAUUUCCUGCGCAUCAUGAAGUGGGGCGAACAGUCGAUCCCGAUGCGGAAUAAGGAGGUGCACCUGGUGAACGUACCGUCGACCGUGAAAUACAUCAUCGAGGCUUGCAAGUCGAUGGUUACCAAAAAGAUGAAGGAACGGCUACAGGUCCACGUUACGCCACAGGAUCUCUGUCGGAAGGUUGAUCCGGCGUGUUUGCCGAAGGAGCUGGGCGGUACGAUGCCGAUGGCCGAGAUGAUCGAGAUCUGGAAGAUGGAACUGGCGGCUAAGCGCAACCUUGUGCUCAGUUCGGACAAGAUGCGAAUCCUCGACGAUCGUGGCAUCGUCACCCGGAACGGUCCGGACCGCAACAACAACAGCAACAGCGCCCUGGGCAUGGACACGAUAACCGGCAGCUUCCGCAAGCUGGAAGUGGACUGAAGCCCGCUAAGAGUCCACCGGCGACGUUACCAACAGUGAUUUAUUUUUGGAUCGUAUUCAUGUGCGCUCGGUGCGAUCAUGCUUUACCCUUUCCGCUAGAACGUUAGGCCGCUAGACUCGACCGUGUAUAUCAUUAGAGCGUAGGUUCAUGUGGCUUGUCUACAGGUUUUUGUGCGUGGUUGGUGUGUUUUUAUUUCCAUGUUUGGUCAAUUCUUCGUUUCUCGCGUGAGCGUGUUGCCGUCAGAAGCAGUACCGCGCCCACCCGAACCAGCACCGCGUACGCUUAAGAAGCAACUUUAGCAGCAGUGUUUAAUACUUUGCAAGCUUUAGGCAUCAACCGAAAUAGGUUAGGAGCAGUGAGAGAUAUAAAUAAAAGAAUAUUCAAAGAUCAGCGUGCGGUGGUUUUGAAUAGAUCGGAGCAACUUAAACCGCAACCAGACCGGCCCAGUGUGGCCAGCGUUGCAGUUGGCUGUACAGUGCGGUGGGGUCCCCG